AAAUACAUGCUUACUCGCUCAAUUUCUGUACUGUAUUACCUAAAUCUUUUCUAUUUUGUUUAUCUUAUCAUUUCUUUUUAAAAAAAUGUUCAAGUGUAAAAAAUGUGAAGCUAAUGGAACAAUAACUCUGAGAAAGAAGGACUGGUAUUGUAAUAUUUGUUUUCUAAAUAACAUUCACCACAAAUUCCGUUCAAUUCUAGGUAAAAAUAAAAUCCUUUCAACAAAUGAAAAGAUUUUACUAUGCUUAUCGGGCGGGACAGCUUCAACUGUUUUAUUGGAUAUGGUUCAUUGUGGAAUAUCACUCAAUAGCCAUAAAAAACUGAGAAUAGUUCCACAUGCUCUACACGUAAUAGGCCCAGGAAAUGAGGAAUAUAAUCUAAAAGUUGCAAACUCAAUAAUUAAAGCAUGCAAACACUACAGUAUUGACCUACAUAUAAUUAACAUAGCAGAUUAUGUUCAAAAUCAUAAUAAUUUGACUCAGAAUGUUAAUGUAAUACCUGAAAGAAACAGUGUUUCUUCAGAUAUGUUCUUUCAAAUUCUUAACAGCAUGCCAUCAACAGCAAGGAAUGAUUUUAUAUUAAAAGUAAAGCAAAAUUUAUAUGUGAAAUGUGCAAAAGAGAUAUCUUGUAAAUUUAUUUUCACUGCUGAAACCACAUCAACAUUGGCUAUUAAUUUGUUGUCUAACUUAACAGUUGGCCGAGGAUCUCAGGUUCAUAAUGAUGUUGGAUUUUGUGAUAAGAGAGAUAAUGAAGUAACUAUUUUAAGACCAAUGAAAGAUAUUAGCAAAGAAGAAUUGAACCAAUACAUAACCAUAAAACAAAUUGGACCUGUACAUGAUUGUGAUAUGCUGGAUAACAGUCUUCAAUCAGUCAUAAGAACCUUUGUUACUGAUCUGCAAAAUAAUUUUCAAUCAACAGUGUCAUCAGUAUGUAAAACAGCAGACAAAAUAGGUAUAUAUGAGGAUAAAAAAAUUGAGCACAGAUGUAUGCUAUGUGAGAGCAUUCUUAAAAAAAAAGAAUCGAAAAUAUCUGCACUUGAAGCAACUAACUACUCAAGACUUGUUUCUUCAACAAACAGUGAAGAUAAAAAUAAAUUUCAUGACAAUACUCAAAUAGAGAGAACCUCUUUGUCAAUGUUUCCUUACAUUGACCAAUAUCUAUGUUAUGGCUGCAGUAGGAUAUACUCAGAAAUGCCCAUUAAUGAAUUACCCAAUUGUGUAAAAGUUCUGUUUAAAACAACAUUCUAAAUGAAAAUAUUAUAUCCUAAUUAUAUGCAAUUUAUAUACAGCACUAGUAACCAGGGAUGUUAUGGAUAUGAAAUUUCGGAUACGGAUAGGUUUCGGAUAUAGGAAUGAUUAUUAUACUGGAUAUGGAUGCGGAAAUGAAAUGAUUUCGUAUUAUCCGUUAGUUUCAGAUAAUUUCGGUUACGGAAAUUAAGUUUUUAAAGAAUUUCAAAAGUAAACUACAAAUAGCUAAUAAAAUGGUUACAUAACGUGUCUCAAUUAAGCUCCGCCCCUAUCCGAUAUUACCCGAAAGUUCGGAUAGGGUAUUGUAACCGAAUCCGAAAUUUUUAACGUUACGGUGCUCCCUAACAUCCCUGCUAGUAACUAUCAUAAUCAUGGUCUAUAAGCAGAUGAAACUGUGUAUUAAAUUAGCUCCUAAAAUAAUAUAUAUAAGCAGUAGUUAUGUAUACAACAUAAAU